AAAAAUCACUAUUAACUAGGAUCGCACGUAUCGAUCGUCCAGUGUAUAACUACAGGUAGGGCCGGGUACAUUACCUAAAUAAACAACGUAUAAUAUUAUCAUUUUGAUGGCCGUGCCAUAAUAUUACUGUUYGCCAUUGUCGGAAGAAUUUUCCCAACGUUUGAUCGCACGUAUACGUAUAUAGCAGCCGUCGUAACGAGUUAUUUACACUUGUCGGUUCGGUUCGAUUGAGCUGAUUUUUAACCCACGAUCGUCGACAUGCUGCCGUCGUCGAACGGCCGGGACGACGGCGUCAGUGUCAGCGGCAGCGGUGGCGUCGGCCGACUACUGCGGUGCGCGUGCGGCGUCCGGACCGGAAACGGUUGGAAAAUGUAGUUUGUGGUCCGGAAGCAACGGAGACGGCGGCGGAAGAGCUAGACGUGCGGAAAAGAAGAUCCCGGGAUCGGUGAUAACAAAAAUGUUCGCGGCGGCGGCGGCGGCGGCUGCGGCCGUAGCGACGAUCAACGAGACGACUGAGGCGACGACAACCACGGCGUCCGUCACAACGAACGCUUCGACGGCAACUACGGUGGCCACGAUUGGCGCGACCGCGAUUUCCAGCGGCACCGUGGACGGACUGCUCGACAACCUGGCCGAUGAGGCGCGGUUCUGCGGCUACGUGGCCAAAUGUGCGGCCAUGUGUUUCAUAGUGGUGGCCGCGCUGUUCGGCAACCUACUGGUGAUGGUGAGUGUGAUGCGCCACCGCAAGCUGCGCGUCAUCACCAACUACUUCGUCGUGUCGCUGGCUCUGGCUGACAUGCUGGUGGCCAUAUUCGCAAUGUGCUUCAACGCCAGCUUCGAGAUUACCGGCCGCUGGAUGUUCGGUCGGUUCAUGUGCGAUGUCUGGAACUCGAUGGACGUGUACUUCUCCACCGUGUCCAUACUGCACCUGUGCUGCAUCAGCGUGGACAGGUACUACGCCAUUGUCCAGCCCCUGGACUACCCACUGAUCAUGACCAAGUCCCGGACGGUAGUCAUGCUGGCGUCCGUGUGGGUGUCACCGGUGCUCAUAUCGUUCGCGCCGAUAUUUGCUGGCUGGUACACGACCGCCGCGCACGACCGCGACCGGGCCCGUCACCCGGACGUGUGCACGUUUGUUGUCAACAAGCAGUACGCGGUCGUGUCGUCCGGUGUGUCGUUCUGGGUGCCGGGCGUCAUCAUGCUGUUCACGUACUAUCGCAUCUAUCAGGAGGCCGACCGACAGGAGCGCAUGCUCUACAGGAGCAAAGUGGCCGCUGCGUUACUUAACAAGCAUUUACAGAUCAACGGCAUAAGCGCACUUGGAGCGCUGUCGACUUCGGACGCUGUGAAAGACGUUGACGUAGAAACGGAUCCGGACUCGGGAGCUUUUCAACCUGCGGCCUCAAGUAACAAAAUGAAACGGGAGCGGAAAGCAGCCCGUACUUUGGGCAUCAUUAUGUCCGCGUUCUUGGCGUGUUGGCUACCUUUUUUUACAUGGUACAUGAUGAGCUCGCUGCUAGAAGGCGGUUCGUGGAUGCCCCGGUGGGUGACGGUGCUCGUAUUCUGGGUCGGCUACUUCAACUCGGCUCUCAACCCGCUCAUCUACGCGUAUUUCAACCGGGAGUUCAGGGUGGCGUUCCAAAAAACGCUGCAGAGCUGCUGGCCCAAGUCACCGCCGUGGUGUCCGCCGUGUCUACGCCGUCGGUACGAACAGUCGCGCAACGAGACGGUAACGGCGACCGCGGCUUUCGGCCAACAAAACAUGUACAACUAUAGCAACGCUUCCGAAGUGCACUACAUGAAUCCGGCCACCAUAGCUCUGCUCCAAAACAACGGUGGCAGUGGCGGCAAUAGCGGAAGUGGUGGAAACGGAUGUCRUACCGAACAAAUCGUUCUAUAAAAUAAUAAUAACAAAACCUAUAAUAUACCUAGCUAAUUUUUCUCCCCGAAGAUCUAUACGCGACGAUUUUCUCUGAAGCACUGGAUGGAUUACAAAAGGGUGUAUACCGAUAUUGGGUUAUAAAAUAAGGGGGGGGUAAUGCAAAGAUGCAGACAAGUCGUCCGAAACGGUUGAAAGUUAUUUUUCAAUUAAACUAUAUAAUAUGGAGAGAGAAAAUCAUUCUUAUCGAUAAACGCAGGUUAGGUACAGGUAGUUUAUGAUAGGUAUGUCAUUUAAAAAUUAAUAAAACAUUCCUGAGUCCUGAUGAUCACUAUGAAACUUCAGRCUGUGACAGGACUUCAGGCUUUUACUGCUAUGUGUGCACGCCACUGGAGACUAUAUAGUAUUAUAUAUUAUUAUUUGUUCGCGUAUUAAUAUAUAGUUAAGACUACACAAUAUAUUAUUAWAUAAUUACCGUUGACUAUUGAGAAUAUUAAGAGAAAAUAAUAUUACAAGGUUAGGUAUAGAGCCAAUGAAACAUUCCGCGUGGUCACCGAUGGCGUGAAUAGCACAGUGCUACAGUCACAAUGUAUUAUUUAGCGGCGGURACUAAGUCUAAACACUUGUGUUUUUAUUGAUGGCAUGGCAAAAUACAGUAGUUCUAUCUUGUAUUGUUGUAUUAUCAUUAUUGUAAAUAUAAUAUAUUAAUAUCCAUCGACAAUAUUUCAUUGUUGGUUCGUGCCCGUGCAGUGUGACAGUGACAGCACACAUUAUGUCAUGACCUCUUCCUUAAAAUAUCAUWAAACAAUUCUCUGAAUGUUGUCGAGUCUUAGAAGUCGCCAACCAAAACCGUUUCCGCAUUCAUAAAAAAUGCAAUAGCUUAGCGAUAUUAUUAUAAUACGGAGUAUACGCAUUACACAUAUAAUAAUUACAAGUUACAACUAUUAAUCUCAAAAAACGUUUCACGCUACAACCCAAUCACCCGUGUUCAUAUUUCGUUUAUGUAUUUUAGUCAUAAGUAUUCAAAACUAGUAAUUGCAGUGUACAAUUCAACAGAGCCCGAUAACAACAAAAUUUUAUAACAAAAUCACGAUUUAAAAACAAAAAUAUUGCAUAGAAUAUUAAUUUCGAUAGGAUAGAAAUUUAGAUACARUCAAAACAAAAAUUCGUAUUUUGUUUCAACAAAAAAGUAAUAAAAAAAAAAAACAAUUUUUUAUCGUAUUAAGUUACUUCUUGGUGUCGUAAAUAAUUAAUAAAGAAAAACUCUAAAUUUCCUAAUUUGACACUURGUGGUGACCUAUUUUUACAAAUGCAAAAAGUUUAAUAUGAAAUAAUUAAAUAUUUAAUCAGAGACACACUUGUUUCAACGUUCCUCUUUUAUAACGCUAAGUGGUUAAACAGCAUGAUAUUGCAUAGUUAAUCUAUAUACCUGCCUUCAGACAUUUUCAGUUUAUAAAAAUAAAAAUAAUAAACUUAUUUUUAUUGACUCUGUUUUUAAGUUAUAC